CCCUGGGAGGGAGAAGCUGAGAGAGACCUACACAGCCCCGCAGACAGGAGACUGAGGGACAGGAGCCACAGAGAGAGAAGGCAGAGGGGUGCCGAAGGGUCCCGGGAAGCAGAGGCGUAAAGGAGUGGGCAGAGAACUGCAGAGGGAGGGACGGGGACAGUGGGGACAAGGGGACAAGCAAAAGGGACACCAGGAGAAGGAAGAACUGACAGAGAAGUGCCAGACACAAGAAAACGAGAGAGGGAAAAGCGCUCUGGAGACCGUGGACCAGCCGGCAGACCCUGGCUGCUGUGACGACCGACCGUGACCCGCGGCGGUGGACAUCCUGGUGCCACCCCCGCUCCUGCCGCCCCUGGGAGCCCUGUCACUGAGGGUGUCGGAGAGUGGCAGGGCAUGGCAGAUUCUUGCAGGAACCUCACCUACGUGCGAGACUCGGUAGGGCCUGCCACCAGCACGCUGAUGUUCGUGGCCGGCGUGGUGGGCAACGGGCUGGCGCUGGGCAUCCUGGGUGCGAGGAGGAAGUCACACCCAUCGGCCUUUGCAGUGCUGGUCACCGGGCUGGCCGUGACAGACCUCCUGGGCACGUGCUUCUUGAGCCCCGCGGUGUUCGUGGCCUACGCUCGGAACAGCUCCCUGCUGGGGCUGGCCCACGGCGGGUCGGCGCUGUGCGACACUUUCGCCUUUGCCAUGACCUUCUUUGGCCUGGCCUCCACGCUCAUCCUCUUCGCCAUGGCUGUGGAGCGAUGCCUGGCACUCAGUCACCCCUACCUGUACGCCCAGCUGGACGCGCCCCGCUGCGCCCGCUUGGCCCUGCCUGCCAUCUACGCCUUCUGUUGCCUCUUCUGCUCUCUGCCCCUGAUGGGCCUGGGCGAGCAUCAGCAGUACUGUCCUGGGAGCUGGUGCUUCAUCCGGAUGCGGUCCGCCCAGCCUGGCGGCUGCGCCUUCUCCCUGGCCUACGCCAGUCUCGUGGCCCUGCUGGUGACGUCCAUCUUCUUCUGCAACGGCUCCGUCACCCUCAGCCUCUGCCACAUGUACCGCCAACAGAGACGCCACCAUGGCUCCCUGGUGCCGACCUCUCGGGCUCGGGAGGACGAAGUUGACCACCUGAUUCUGCUGGCUCUCAUGACAGGUAUCAUGGCUGUGUGCUCCCUGCCGCUCACGAUCCGAGGCUUCACCCAGGCCGUUGCCCCGGACAGCAGUGAGAUGGGGGACCUCCUCGCCUUCCGCUUCAAUGCCUUCAAUCCCAUCCUGGACCCCUGGGUCUUCAUCCUUUUCCGCAAGGCUGUCUUCCAGCGCCUCAAGCUCUGGUUGUGUUGCUUGUGUGCUGGCUCUGUCCACGGGGACUUACAGACACCCCUUUCCCGGCCUGCAUCGGGGAGAAGAGACCCACUGGCUCCCAUUGCUCUCCAAGCUAAGGAAGGGAACUGGGUGCCCUUGACAUCCUGGGGCACCGGGCAGGUGGCGCCGUUGACUGCGGUGCCAUCCAAAAGAGAGGCCAUGGUUGCUUGCUCCCUCUGCUGACAUCUGAGCUGGUCCUGCAUGCCCUUGUGGGCGACGGUGUCGCAGGACCAGAAGCCAGAAGAUCAGGGACUCAACCCAUGAUGGCCACAUAUUUGACCCCGAAAGUCUGGGAGUGUCUGCUGCUGUUUUCCUCCACGGGGAUGGUGGCUGGUGACCCUGGGAAGAUGGUGAGGGAUGGAGGGCGCAUGUUCUGUGGCUCUUGAGAGGGAUUCUCUCAAAAUAGCCAGGGCCUGGUUGGGCUGCUCUGUCCCUGAGAUCCCCCAUUUAUCUCGCUGUCUAAAUAUUUAGGGAGCAGAAACAUGUCCAGCAGCUUCUGUGGACUCUGGUUUAGACUGCUCUCUACUUCCUCCAAGGGGGCUUAACCCUGGAUGUCCACCCCAGGUCCCCAGGGAACACACAACCAUGCCCUCUCCCAAGCCAUUCCAGCAACCUCUCUCGGAAAUGUUCCUGCCCUCCCGCAUUUCCCAUCCCCUAUCUGACUUGGGGGCCCUGAACCCCAAAAGGAAGUGGGAAGAAGACAAGGCCAUUGCGCUGUAGGUGACAUUACUGGACACGCGUCCGGCACAGAAAUAGCCUAAAAAACACCACAACUUGGGAGAACUGUGCUGUGCUAACUUGGGGGGAGGGUGCAUGUCCCAAGCCUGUCUCCCCAUCCUGGGACAAACAACUGUCUCCUCUUAGAACUGGACCUCAAUUCACCGUCUUCGGAACAUCCACAAAGAUUUUACUCAUCCAUUCAACAAACUCCUAUGGGACCCUGAAGUCAGCAAGCAAGCGUUGACUCCCCGGGGCCUCCAAGCAAAGACACCAGGGUGCUUGGGAAGGAGCUGACUGGCAUGAAGGGAAGUGAGUCAGCUGGAGGGCUGGGCGAGGGCAGAGAGGGCAAACAGAAAUGCUCCUCGUUACCGCCCUGGUUCCCAUUUCUCAGCUACUUUGGUCAUUGACCCUCCCUCUCCAUCUGCCUCACAGCAUAUUAAUGGAGUCAUUCCAGAGGUGGUGGGACCAGGGCCGAGAGGCCACGUCCCCAGCCUCGGUCCCACAGACAAAAUGUGGAGUCGUCUGUGUCUAUGGUUCUCUCAUGGCCUCUCUGAACCUCAGUUUCCUUUCCACUAUUAACUGACAGGGGUUCAGUGAGGAUGAACGACCUUCCCCCCCAAAAAAAGAGCAACUCGCUCGGGACCUGGAAGGAAGUUGCUGUCGAUACUGUUAUGGGGGGUAAGCACAGUUGGAAAACGAAGGAUUUGUUUUGACUUUUUUCCCUCUAAUACAUAUAUUUUUGAUCACAUUCAGGAAGAGCAAAGAGUAUCAGGAGAGGUGAAAAGAGGCUGAGGUAAGCCGGGUAUGCAAUCCCAGCAUGCCUGUACUCAGGCAGGAGUGUCGGAGUUCACGGUCACCUUCAGGUACUACAUAGAUUGUUCAAGGUCAGCCUCAGGUAUUCAAGACUGGGUCUCCAAAACCAAAUAACAACAGAGUCAGAAAACAAGCUGGGCAAGCCGGGCGGUGGUGGCGCACGCCUUUAAUCCCAGCACUCGGGAGGCAGAGGCAGGCGGAUCUCUGUGAGUUCGAGGCCAGCCUGGUCUACAAGAGUGAGUUCCAGGACAGCCCCCAAAGCCACGGAGAAACUCUGUCUCAAAAAACCAACCAACCAGCCAACCAACCAAACAAACAAAAACCAGGCUGAGAUGACCAGUCUGUAGGUACUGGAAGGUACAAUAUAUCAACAAUUGCUGACAUCGUAAAUGGCCUAAAUAUGGAUGAAUCUAUAAUUGACUGUGAAUGAUAAAUGAUUAAAAUGAUAAUUUUUAUUUACGGGUAUUUUAACACAAUAAAAUGUAAUACUGAAAAAUAA